UUUCCCUUCGCUCAAACCCCUCUCUCUAUAAUCAUAAACCCCUGAGAGAGAGUGUUUGUCUACUUCUUCCUCCUCUUAACAAAAAUCUCAGAUCCAAGCCUCUAGUAACCCUAACUAUGGCUUUGUUGGUGGAGAAGACCACUAGCGGCCGUGAGUACAAGGUCAAGGACAUGUCUCAGGCCGACUUCGGUCGCCUCGAGAUUGAAUUAGCCGAGGUUGAAAUGCCUGGUCUAAUGGCUUGCAGAGCCGAGUUUGGCCCUGCUCAGCCUUUCAAGGGCGCUAAAAUCACCGGCUCCCUUCACAUGACCAUUCAGACCGCUGUACUCAUCGAGACCCUCACUGCCUUGGGCGCCGAGGUCCGCUGGUGCUCUUGCAAUAUUUUCAGCACUCAGGACCACGCCGCCGCCGCCAUAGCUCGUGACUCCGCCUCUGUAUUCGCCUGGAAGGGUGAGACCCUCCAGGAGUACUGGUGGUGUACCGAGCGCGCUCUUGACUGGGGUCCCGGCGGUGGCCCAGAUCUGAUCGUGGAUGAUGGUGGUGAUGCUACACUUUUGAUCCAUGAGGGUGUUAAGGCUGAGGAGAUUUAUGAGAAGACUGGGCAGCUUCCUGAUCCGUCUUCAACCGAUAAUGCUGAGUUUCAGAUUGUUUUGACGAUUAUUAGGGAUGGGUUGAAGACAGAUCCCAAGAAGUAUCACAAGAUGAAGGAAAGAUUGGUGGGUGUUUCUGAGGAGACUACCACUGGAGUUAAGAGGUUGUACCAGAUGCAAGCUAAUGGAACUUUGUUGUUCUCUGCUAUUAACGUUAAUGAUUCUGUCACCAAGAGCAAGUUUGAUAACUUGUAUGGUUGCCGCCACUCUCUCCCUGAUGGUUUGAUGAGGGCUACUGAUGUCAUGAUUGCUGGCAAGGUUGCUGUUGUCUGUGGUUACGGUGAUGUGGGCAAGGGCUGUGCUGCCGCCUUGAAGCAGGCUGGAGCUCGUGUGAUUGUGACUGAGAUUGAUCCCAUUUGUGCCCUUCAGGCUCUUAUGGAAGGUCUCCAAGUCUUGGCCCUUGAAGAUGUUGUUUCUGAGGCUGACAUCUUUGUCACCACCACUGGUAACAAGGACAUCAUCAUGGUUGAUCACAUGAGGAAGAUGAAGAACAAUGCCAUUGUUUGCAACAUUGGUCACUUCGAUAAUGAAAUUGAUAUGCAUGGACUUGAGACCUACCCUGGUGUAAAGCGCAUCACCAUCAAGCCCCAGACUGAUAGGUGGGUGUUCCCUGAGACCAACUCAGGCAUCAUUGUGUUGGCUGAGGGGCGUCUCAUGAAUUUGGGUUGUGCCACUGGUCACCCCAGCUUCGUGAUGUCAUGCUCUUUCACCAAUCAAGUGAUUGCGCAGCUCGAGUUGUGGAGGGAGAAGGGAACUGGCAAAUAUGAGAAGAAGGUCUAUGUUUUACCCAAGCACCUUGAUGAGAAGGUUGCUGCUCUUCACCUUGGGAAGCUUGGAGCUCACCUCACUAAACUCACCAAGGAGCAGGCUGACUACAUCAGCGUGCCCAUAGAGGGUCCUUACAAGCCACCUCACUACAGGUAUUAAGACGGGACAAAGAGAGAGAAAAACAAUAUAUUGGGAGGGCUUGAUUGUUUUUUACAAUUUGAAGAUGACUUGUGGUAGAAUGUUAGGCUUUUUAUUUUUGUAGGAUUUGUGUUUUGGUGGGGAAAAGUAGGGAGGAAAGAAAUGGAUUGGUCUCUAUUGAAGAAGACCACAUGGGAUUGAAUAAGGUAAUGGAUGGGGUUGCGUGGGAUGUGUAUUGUAAACUGCUGCCUUUCGAGCUCUGUUGCAGCUGGUUAUCAAAUUUAUUCACCAAAAAAGAGGAUGAAAAGAGAGAUUAAAUAUCAUUUGCAAUUUCUUUUUGAA